AUGUUUGCUAGCAAAAGGGAGAAGCCAAAUCGCGAAAUCGCUGAAAAAGGUCUCCGAGCCACAUUUGCACGCUUGGCUGCUGAGCGGCUGGGCCUGCCGACAGAGGCGCCUGCAGCUUCGCCAUCAGUUGGUUCUGCGCCGGCUGUGGUGACUGUGGGGGAGGGCUGUACUGAGAGACGGGUGCCGGUGUCCUUUGUCCGGCAGCGAGUCAUGAAGCGACUUAAAGAGACACAGAACACCGCGGCGCUGCUGUCCACGUUCCAGGAGGUGGACAUGACUGCCGCGCUGAGGCUGCGCUCCAAGUACAAGGACAUGUUCCAGAAGCUUCAUGGACCACAGCUCGGAGUGCUGUCGCUCAUCAUAAAGGCCAGUUGUUUGACGAUGGCCGAGGUACCGGGUGUCAACGCGAUCAUCGACGACGGGACCAAGGAGACAGUUUGGCGAGACUACGUGGACAUCAGCAUCCCGAUUCCCAGUCCACGCGGAAUUAUUGCCUGUACUUUGAAAGACGCCCAGUCCAUGUCGAUCCGGGACAUGGAGCACGAGCUUGCAGGGUUGACAGAUCGAGCUGCACGGGACGAGCUUUGCGUCGAUGAUCUGAGCUCGUCGACCUUUGGCAUUGUGGAUGCGGGCAUUGCGGGAGGAAUGCUUGGCACCGGAAUCAUAAACUAUCCGCAGAGUGCGUCCAUGGGCACCAAUGCCGUCAAGAGACGGGUGGCCGUUGUGGACGGCAAGGUUGAAGCUCGGCCGAUCAUGUUCACUUCCUUGACAUACGACCACCGGUUGGUU